UACUAUUGGGAUCCUAAAGAUGGGCGUGGCUUAAGCGCCAGUCAUCUAGCAGCUAAAAAAUGUACUACUCAAAGUAGGCUAUUGUCAAUAUUUACAUUACAUUCUGUCAGUUGAUUUAUUAAUAUUUUGUAAUUAUUUUUGAAUAAUUAUACAGUUUUAAGGUCUUUGAUUAAAAUAUGCGUAUUUCUAUUCAAGAAAUUUGUGCAUUCGCGCUUGCAACACCUCGAAGUAAAUGUUUCACAGGUGGUGAAAAUAUACUUAACCAAGGACACUUGUUAUACUGUGGCAAAUAAGUGAGAUAAGUGAGGAAAAUAAUUGCUUAAAAAUAAUUGCUUUUUGUCUUCAAACCUCAAACAUAAGAGAUGAUCCUCAUGAAAUUAAUGGGGAAGUUCUUAAAGAUAAAGGAAAAAUCGUGGGUAUGAGUUGUUCCUGUGCAGCUGGUUUAGGUGGUGAAUGUAAGCAUGUGGUAGCAACACUACUUUAUUUGAAUCGAAAUGAUUUGGAAAGUUUAAAAGUAAUCUCUUGUACUGAUAAAAAAUGUGCAUGGAGUGCUCCCAAACAGUUUGCACUACAACAGUACGAUAUGAAACCAUUACUGUCACAUAGCUGUUUAGUACAAAAAAUUAAUUUAACAAGAGAAAGAAAAUUAAAGGGGGAAAAAAAAACAACAUCUAUCUCAGAUGAUCUCGGCGUUGCUCUCCAAGUCAUAGAAGGUGUUAAUCACAUGGACCUUCAAGAAUCCGACAAUCCUGAUAAUGCUGAUAAUACUGGUGAUGUAUGUGAUGAUUCGGAACCUUCAAUUGAUAAUACUAUCGACGUUAUGCUACAGACUGAUGAUAAUGAUAAAUACGAGGAAUUUCGACGAAUUUUAAUUGAGGAUAAUCCAUUAUCAGCUUUAGCCAUGCAUAUGCAUGAUCCUGUACAAGCAGAAACUAAUAAAGUAAUUAUAUCACCAGAUAAAAUGACGGCUAUAAUAAAGAAUCAACAGAUGUCUGAAUUACUUCUGAAAUUGAAGAAUUUUGAUAUAAAAUUUACACCUGGAGAAUGUUGUAGAAAAACAUUAAGUCGUCUCUCAGAUGAUACUCGAAAAAUCUGUGAAGACACUCAUGAGUUCUAUAGUGUUUGGAUUAAGGAAAGGCAAUUGAGGAUAACCGCGAGUGAUGCCUACAAACUUUUUACUUAUCGUAAAAAUAAAAACCCAGAUUGGAAAAAAAAGUCUGUCGAUUACUUUUUUGGAGAAUCCUUUAGUAAUGCAAAUACAAAAUACGGUCUUGAAAAUGAAUCUAUAGCUCGUGAAGCUUAUGAAGCCAAAAUGUCUGUUGAAGUAGUUCAUUGUGGAUUGAUUAUCUCGAAGGAGAACCCUUGGUUAGGUGGCUCUCCAGAUGGAAUAAUAUUUAAAAAUAAUCAACCAUACAAAAUUCUUGAUAUUAAAUGCCCGGUUGAAGGUAAAAAAACAAGUGCUGAGGAUUUAAUUAAAACAGUGAAAUGGUUAGAAGUACUAAAUGGUGAAGUAGGCUUCAAAAAGAAACACAUAUGGCUGAUUCUCAAAAAAAGUCGAAUUUAG